AUGCAAAUUCUGUUGAGUGGCAAGUGUCGCUCGUUUCGUGAUGCCUCUUGGGAUUCGAUAACGGGUCACUGGCUGAUCCCGCUGUCGAAGAGGGGACCUGUCCCCGCGUUGGAUGCACUGCAUCCCUCCAUAGGGUGGCAGCGGGUGUCACCGCGUGCCCCGCCUCGCUACGUCACACCGCGGCCGAGGGGUCGCAAUCAGCGAGCGGGGCCUGCGGACCGACACACCGGGGCCGUCGUCCAGUGCUGCUUGCGCACUGCGCGAUUCAUGCGGGCCUUUUGUGCCCGCGCGAUGUUAUGCUCCGUCCAUCAUGACCCACUCUCGCUGCAGGUGCGUUGGAAAAUGCUUCAGGUUCAUGACUUGGAUCUGUUGCAACGCAUUUUGAAGGAACUGGAGCAAAAGGAGGUGCAGACGGGUGUCCCACGGCAGGAGUUCGUUGAGCCAUCCUUACCGACGCCGGCCCGGCGUCGGAAAUGCAUCUCCAGGGGAAACUCAGGGCAUCAGGCAGACGCCGAGACGGCUCUGCCUUCAUCACCAUGGUCGACCACCACAUCCCCUUGCUCCAGCCUUCCUCCAACCGAACUCCGUGAGAGAUUGGCAGUGGCACCGCGCAUUCCCUUGCAGCUGGAUGGUGCCUUACGCAUCCGACCACCACCCGGCCUUCCAGAGCCCUUGACAGAGGUGGACGCCUCCACCGGAAGCAGCUCGGCCGGCUUUGCCGAGGCACAGAUUGAAGAGAGUCUCAUCGCCACAUCUUGGGAGUGGACAAUUGUGAAUCCAAACGCCAAGUUCAAGGGCAACUGCGGUUGCCCCUUGGUGUCACCACCUUUCGGGGCAGGGUGCCUGGAGGAUCUCCGUGUGAUCUUCUCGCCAGGAGAGAGCUGGGUAAACGCACAGCCCAAGGAUGCUAAAAAGAUGAAAAAGAAGGACGAAGCCAAGAAGGCUUGGCAAAAACUUCCCAAACAUGGAUCGUUGCAAGUAAAGUUCGGAGAACAACCUGGCGUGCAGCGAGUCACACUCUUCUUCCAGAUUGGGGACUCUUAUCGACUUGGUCCCUUCAGUGCCUGCCCCGAGCAUAGUACCUCUCAGGUGUGCGAAUUGACCCAAGAUUGGCGAUCCUUUAUCGACCAGUCCAAGGGCUCCUUGACCAUCCGGGUGGAGGUAACCCAGAGUGGUUGGCAGCUAUGA